CGGGGCGGCGGGGCGGCGGGGCGGCGGGGCUCUGCGGACGCGGGCACAGGUCCCAGCCGGCUCCGCCCCGAUCUCCGGGCCCCGGUCCUGCCCGAGGGCCCGUGGGUCCUGGCUGGCGCGGCUGCGCGGCGACGCCAGGGGAGCGGCGGGCGGCGGCGCGGUUCCCUGGGGCGGGAGGACCCCCGGAGACCCCCGCUGCUGAGGUCGGAGCACUCGCUCUGUGCAGGCACCCCCGGAAAGGCGGUCCUGUCGCCCCAUCCGCUCUUUCCAGGCGAGGAGGUAGCUCAGAGAAGCUCAGACACUGGCCCCAGGUCACCCAGCCAGGGAGGGCCCAAGCCCGGGGAGCUGCCCCCAGACCUGGGUGGGCGCUUAGCCAUUUUGUGGGCAAAAGCUCUUUGAGGCUGGAAGCCGCCCGAGGGAAAUCUGGUCCAAGGGGCAGACCUUGCAGAUGGAGGACCCGAGGUGGAGGGAGGUCCGGGUGCUGGCGGAACAGCUAGCAUCCAGGCUUUGCACCCCAGCUCCUCCUCCCCAUCAGCCCCUGACCCUGGGCCAGUCCCUUGAGCCCCGGCGUCGGCGUCCUGGAGGUAAUGGUGACAUGACACAGAGUACAGGAGGCGAGGACCCUGGGGAGUGCACGACUGAGGUGGCAGGAACGAUCAGAGACCAAGCUUCUUGACGCCAGGGAGCCUGCACACUGUCUGGUUUCGUGCAGCCCGCCGGCUGAUGAUGGUUUUAAUUUCUUAAAUAAUAGGGGGAAAAAUUCAAAAGGAGAAUAUUUUGUGACUGGUGACAAUCACAUGAAAUGCACAUUUCAGUGUCCCUAAAUAAAGUUGUAUUGGACUGCAGCCCCCCCCCCCCCCGCCCCCCGUGCGUUUAUACAGUGUCUGCGGCUGCUUUCGAGCUAUGGCGGCAGCACUGAGUUCCUGAGAUGGAGACAGAAAUGUUUACUGUCUGGCCCUUGACAGAAAAUGUGCCAGUCCCCAUUCUAGAAUAUGCUUCGGUCCCUCAUAGUGCCUCUCUUUGGAGUAAAGAAGAACUUCCUUUCAUUUGACAUAAAAGUCUCUUCUCCAAACAUGCAGGGGGGUAGGGGGUCCUCCCACCCCCAGUUUAAGGAGCCCCUGCAUUUGAUGGCUGUGUCACCUGCACUGAUUCUCGUGGCAGCUCAGCCGGUUGUCUGGGUGGUUCCUGCAGCCAGCAUCCCCCAGGGGCCAGGCUCACCUCACGGCUCGAGAUGCAGCGACGUGCAGCCUGGCCCAGAGACAGACUGCAGAUGGGUGACCAGACACAGGGCGAAGUGUCAGGAGCUCCAGGAAAGGCAGGUGUUUAGGUUGGGGGUCAGACAAGGCCUCUGAUGAAUGUGAUGUCUGAGCUGAGGCCUGUGACCAAGAGCGGACAGCUGGUGGAGGAGCUUUCAGGCCGUCAGCCUGUACCUGCCGAGCCUUCGAAGGCAGCCGGGGAGCCAGGGUGACUGGAACAGAAAACGCUGCUCUUCCGAGGUCUCCUGCACCUGGAGGGGUCGGCUGAGCCGCCGCCACUGCACACAGCCCACCGCAUCUUCACAGGAGGCCGCGGGCCCCCCGCCAGGCUCCCCAGGAGGACAGGACUGGUGGCGGGUCAAGGCCACACAAUCGCUGUCUGCUCAUCUUUUCAGAUUGGCCGUGUUGAGGGUGAGGACCAGUAGGCAGCUGCCAGGAUGGGCGAGAGGAAGGGCGUCAACAAGUACUACCCUCCAGACUUCAACCCUGAGAAGCAUGGCUCUCUCAACCGGUACCACAACAGCCACCCGCUUCGGGAGCGGGCGCGGAAGCUGUCCCAGGGCAUCCUCAUCAUCAGGUUCGAGAUGCCCUAUAACAUCUGGUGCGACGGCUGCAAGAACCACAUCGGCAUGGGUGUUCGCUACAACGCAGAAAAGAAGAAGGUCGGCAACUACUACACGACCCCCAUCUACAGGUUCCGGAUGAAAUGCCACCUGUGUGUCAACUACAUCGAGAUGCAGACAGACCCCGCCAACUGCGACUACGUGAUCGUGAGCGGCGCCCAGCGCAAGGAGGAGCGCUGGGACAUGGCAGAGAACGAGCAGGUGCUGACGACAGAGCAUGAGAAGAAGCAGAAGCUGGAGACGGAUGCCAUGUUCCGACUGGAGCACGGCGAGGCCGACCGCGGCACGCUCCGCAAGGCCGUCCCCACACUGAGCCACCUCCAGGAGGCACAGAGUGCCUGGAAGGACGACUUUGCCCUCAACAGCCUGCUGCGCCGGCGGUUCCGGGAAAAGAAACGAGCCCUGCAGGAGGCGGAGGAGAGGGAUCAGGCGCUGCAGGCCAAGGCCAGCCUGGCCAUCCCGCUAGUGCCCGAGACCGAGGCCGACCGCAGGCUGGCCGCCCUGCUUAAGCUGCACACCCUGGACUCCUAUGAGGACAAACAGAGACUCAAGCGGACGGAGAUCAGCCGCCGCUCCUGGUUCCCCCCAGCCGCAGCGCCCGGCACCGGCACCAGCACCAGCACCAGCACCAGCAGUGGCACUGGCAGCAGCGUCCUGAAGAAGCUGGCCCAGAGCCGCAGGCCUGCGCCCGCCGGCACACCUAUCACCGUGGGCACCCUGGGCAUCGUGCGGCGGCGCCCCCAGCAUGCGGGUGGGAUCCCCGGACUGGGGGGGCCAAGGGUGCCAGAGGGGACCACCCAGGACAGGCCUGCACACCCCCAAGACUGCUCUCAGGAGACCGUCGAGACCCCCCAGACCAGCGGGCCUGGUGGGCAGGAGGGGAGCGGUCAGCACAGGACCCCAUCUGCGCCAGGCCCCUCCCAGGACACAGCCUCCCCUGCCCCCCAGGACCCGCGGCAGCCAGGCGGCCUCAGCUCCUCCCUGGUGGCCGACUACUCUGACUCAGAGAGCGAGUGAGCACCCCUGUGGAGGCGGCGGCACCCAGGAGCCCCCAGACCGCACCCGUCCCCGACCUCGACCUCCCGUGGUGCCGCAGCUCUCAUGUAUUUGCACCUGGAGAGGGUGUCUGUGCCUGGUGGGACCCCCACAUUAAAGCCUUGGGUCUUGGCCCCUGCUUCAGGUUAUUAGGGGGGCCCAGGGGCAGCCCCCACCACCACUCAGCCAGGCCUGGGGGGACUCAGCCACAGGUGCUGAUGCUGUGACCACAGCCAGGGUCCCCAUCAUCUUGCCCAGGGUCUGAAGGUAGUGGCUCAGGUCGGCCUGCAGUAGGGGCAGGCUUC